UGUAUUAUGGAUAGCGACACUAUUGUGUACCAAAAAUGAAAACUUAGACAAUUUAAUGUAAUAUCAGAUAUAGUAGUAUCACCCAAGAGGUCAUUAAUUAUUAACUAAAAAAAAUGAAAACAAAUCACAUUUAGUACAAUAUCUAAAACUUUUUAAAUGUAACACUGUGCAAUCAUUUGUGUCUAAAAUAAUUACGUAUUUUUUAGCUAAGCAAAAUGAUGAAUAUUUCUCUUCUGGUGUCACUCUUGUCCUGUGAAUUGGGGAGAAGGAUCAAGUUCACACUGAUAUAAUACUAAAUUCAGCAUUUUAAUAAACAGUGGUUUAAUAAACAGCGUGCUACACUGGUGAAGACACACUCUGGACAGCGAGGACUCUUCUCGGAGUGACUCAGAUGACGAACGUUUGCAUUUUAAAGAGCCACUAAUAUAAUUCCUGACAGUAGCCUUUUAUUCUUAACUUCAUGAGUUCAAAUGUUGCUCAGCCUUAUAUAAAAAGCUACAUAAUUUUAGUUGGAUUUUUCCAAACAGGCUAUUGUCAGACUAAAUCUGCUGGUAUAUUGGUUGAAAUAUGAAAUAUCCCCUUACAGGCCACUUUUAGUUUUAAAUGUUGUACAAGGCAUGCAUAUCACUGUGCUAUAUAUGAACAUAAAUAUGAUAAUAAACUAUGAUAUCCCUUAUGAAAAUUAAAGUUAGUUUCACUAUAGUAAAAGUGUGGUAAUACUUUUUUUUGCAGGUUACCAUUUCUAUAACGGCAGCUUUACUACAAAUACCAUGGUAUUUAUUUAGUAAAACCAUGGUUCAUUUUCAUAAGGGAUAUUAAUGUUUAGAUUAUAUUUUGGUACAUUUAUAUAGCUGAAUCACAAUAAAGCUCACCUGAACUUAUACAAAUAGGCUACUAUAAUCAAACUAGUUUAAUUAGUUUAACAUACUCCUUUCAGUAGGUUGUCUAUGUGUAGUUUUAUACUUGUUUAAACUUUUACUGCAGAGGUAGCCUACAACAUUUCUCUCCACUGGAGGCUAUGUCUCAACAUAUAGGUUAUAGCAGAAUGACAAUAAAUCUUACUUGACCUAUUGUAAAAAUAAAAUUCAAAACGCUUUCAUUUUUGGUACAAAAUAUUGUUGCUAUCCACUAUACAUUUGCAUUUUAGUAUUACAAUAUAUUGUGACACGAUAUAGUUAUACCCCUGCAUUGUUUUGAAUGUUGAACAGUUUCUAGAGCACUGCAUUUCGGCCCGGGCCCAACGGGCCCCAACUUUUUUACGUCCCUAGGGCCGGGCUUCGGGCCAAUUUUCACGUCAUAGUUCAGACGAGGGCCGGGCCUCGGGCCUGUUUUAGUUUUCUCCUUAUUUUUAUAUUUUAGACAUCCAUCAAUGUCUAAGCCAAGUGCUUAGAAAAGCACUAUAUAAAAUGUAAGGAAUUAUUAUCAAUUAGUGAUGAAAAAAAUUGCGGCGCUGGUGGGAACAACACGAGACCGUGCCGCGACUGUGAAGAGCGGCUCGACGGUGUUUAGAGUCCCGCAGCAGCAGAUCGCACCAUCAGCGCAGCUGUUCUGCGUUCAAAUACACGCAAUAAAGCCCCAGCAAAAGUAAUUACCAUGAAUGUGUCCGGGGGAAAUAGUAAGGAGAUAUUUGAAUUACUUACUAAUAAACUAGUGUUUUCUGUGUCAGUGUUGCAUCAGUGUGGAUCCAUCUCCUCAUUAGACGCGCCUUUAGAGAGAAGUGCAUCUUCACGGAUUAUGAUUAUAAUGAAUGAGUUUUUGUUUUCGAUUUGAUUUAUUUCGUUAAGUAGUGAUUUAAAGCUUUCUAUAGAUAUAUUUAUCAUGUCUUUGAGGCAUGUAUUCGCUGACUUUCAGUUCAUUUUUGUGAAGCGCACCUGUUCAAGACGAGACGGCAGAAAGCGCAUCGUUUUCUUAAAAGUACGAUGUUUUGUUGAUUAUUGUGAAUGCACACAAAUAAAAGUAGACCCUUUACAGUUCCGAAUGAUGUAUUACUCUUACCUUUAUGAGCAGAAAUUACAGCCUAUUUUAAGUGGUUUCCAUUGAAAAAAAAAAAUGCUAUUGAUUGCGCUGGUGCCUCCAUGUCCUGCGCUUUAGCUUCGAUUCUCCGCACAAACUAUUGGAUGCAGCGCACAUUUAUCUAGGUUUAACCUUUAAACAUUGUUAUAUGCUUGAACUGUUUUAGUAUAUCUAUAGAUUUUAUUUUAGGCAAGUCGUGAUGAUUUGAGAAUAUCAAAUAUAAUAUUGGUCGUUACUUUAAGAAAGAAAUAACUUGUUUAACGAACAAAAAAUGCUCCAAAUGUUUUUCAAAAUUAACUUGAUAAAAAAUAAAUGUAAAAAAAAGGGGGAAAAACGAAAUAUAAUCACUUUGCCAUUACAUACAAAACUGAACUAUUUUAAUAGCUGAAACAUGAGCCGUUUUGGGAGAAGAGUGAUGGUUCGUUCCAGCCGCUAGCGGCUGCCAAAGUGCGGAACUGUAAAGCAUACUGGAUGGAUGGUGUGAGUACCUUGACGAAGUCGAUAUAGCUGUUCACCAACAGUGGAAUCCCCAGGCGAUAGACUAAAUACUUCUUUGAAGUGAUGAAUGAAGUUAUUGAAACUUUGGGUAGCGGGUCCAGCCUGGUUCAGGAUUGUUUCGGCCCAUUUCAGGGCAGGUCCAGUGAGAGAGGUUACGAUGUAUGCUAUUUUGGAUUGAUCCGUUGUGAAAAUAUGAGGGUGCAGAUUCAUGUUCAGGGUGCUUUGGAGAAUGAAGCCGUCGCAAUCCUCCGCCGAACCAGAGAAGGGCGCUGGUCUGGCCACAGGACUGGCGAACACGAUCGGAGAAGGAGUGCUCAUGGUGGUGUUGGACGGUGGUUGUGGUGGUGGAGCUGGUGGAUUAGUUGAUGCGGGCGGUUGCAGGAGCAAUUUUUUAAGAGAAUCCACCAGCUCUUGGAAGGGGUCUGGAGUGCUCAUCCUGUGUGACGGUGUCGGUCCGAUCUUCUGUUAUGGAUGGACUCAGACACGAAGAUGGUAAAAGAGAAAUAGGUGUUUAUUAAAACAGGCGUACGGGGAGACAAGACAGGAUCGAUCCGGGGAGACACACACACACUUCGAGGACGGAGCUCUAUGAAGAGAGGAGGACACAAGGUGGGAGAACACAGCAGGUAAGUAUUUCUUAGAUUCUCGGAAGGAUAUGGUCUUUUCUGAUACAGGAUACCAAGAGGUUGAGUCCACGUAACAAUGACGAGAUCGGACGCUGAAGUGUGUGUGUGGUGAUCCUUUAUAGUGCUGGUGAUUGGCAUGGUGAUCAGGUGCAGGUGAGUGUGAUUAAUACUCGGGGGAUGUGGAACGAUGUGAUUGGUGGAGUGAAGGGCCUGACUGAUCCGUGACAAUAACUUCUACUAGUCAAAAAAAAAAAAAAAGAAAACAACAGCUUGAGGCUGUCUACAGUGGACAUUCCAGGCUACUAAGGCUUGUGUGAUAUUGACAAAAAAUAUCUCAUUAUUUUCUGGGAUUUUAUCAAUAAAGAUAAUUAGACAAUAUUUUGCUGAGUGUGUUAUUGUGCUGAUAUCAUAAGGACUCCUGUGGACAGCUGACUCCUAAAGUUUUUGAUAUUCUUCAUAUUCUGUGUGGUCAGUUCACAGCAGUGAUAGAAAUUAAUUGUCACGAAUCUGGUCUACGAACUUCUGUUCACUCACCACUAUAGGCUAUACAUUUUCUGCCCCCAUAUCUUAAAUUAUGUGAUAAUUCUAAAUGCAUUUUAACAGACUGAAUCAUGCAGUGAAAGAAGGCACUCCAAAUGCGUACACGCACUAGUUUAACCUGUGUUAACUUACUCGUUCAUUCUCUGCCAGCAGGUGUCACGUUUGACAGAAAUAUAACGGUUUUCCCGGUAAAGGCAGAACACAAAGCAGUGCAGCACCGGACUUUGAACUUGUAGCGCUCAUGUUUAUUUAAUGAAAUCAUAGCCUUUUGAAGUUUAAUCGUCACAUUCAGCCAUAUCUCAAUUCUGGUCUUUCCGUCCCCAAAUUUAAGACCUCCUGAAAUCAUAAUUGAGACUUAAUUAAUUUGAUUCAACUAAAUUUAAGACUUUUUAAGACCCUGCGGAAACCCUGUACUCACUGUUGUGUUUGUUUUAAUACAGUAAUUGAUUGAUUCAAUGUAUUUGAUAGUUAAAAUGACUACAAAUUCAGAUUUUCAUCACCACCAUCAGAUGUGUGAACUGUGUCAGUUCUGUCACCUCCGUCAGUUGAAUAUUUUGAUAAUAUUAUAUUUUAUAUUUGUUGUGGAAUUGUUGGUCACGUGUGAAAGUGUAAUCUGUCUGCUAACAUGAGAAUGUGUUUUGAAAUGUUAAAAACAUCUUGAUUGCUUUUAAAGAUAAAGCUGAAAUUGUAUUACACAGUCCAAGGAAAAAAAGAAAAGUUGUGAGGUUGUAUCAAAGCAUGGCUCAGUAGCUCAGUACACAGAUACAUAGGCUAAAUGUAGUUUCAUUUGUCUGAGUACAAGGUUUUAUUUUUUUCAAUUUUGCACCCUGUUUUGUCCCACUUCUCAAGAAUGACAUAUCUGAAUGAAACAGCAGACGAGCUGAAUGAGACACAGAUUCACUCUCUGCCAGCAGGUGGUACUAUGAACAGCAAUGAUACAGUGUUUCCUUGUUUACUGCUGUAAACAAAGCAGAGCUGCGCUUAUGAACACUACUUUAAUAUGCAUUGUUCAGAGGCAAGAUGAAUAGAAAAUACUGUGUAAACUUUUCUAAAGACAGUCAGUUCUCCUCAGAUAUACAUUAAUAAACUCCUACUCCAACUGUAUCACGAUUGUUUGGCAUCUCAACCGAUUUGAAUCGCCACAUAUUUGAAUCAAUUUUCAACCAGCUCGUGGUUUAUCGUUCUAUCCCUAAACUGAUUACCUUUCAUUUCAAUCAUCUAGCUGCUGAGAGGAGAGAUUCGUUCAGUUCAGUUAAAGGGCACCUAUUAUGCCCCUUUUUACAAUAUGUAAUAUUGGUCUUGGGUGUCCCUAGAAUGUGUCUGUUAAGUUUCACCCCAAAAUACCCCACAGAUCAUUUAUUAUAACAGUUGGGAAAUGUCAUUUUUGUGCUGUGUCUAAAAAAGAGCUGAUUUGGAGUGUAUGGCUUUAAAUGCAAAUGAGCUGCAUAUUCCCGCCCCGUCUCCAGAAGAGGGUGUCGUGUAUACAUCUCUCUGCAUUGCAUAUCUACAGCAAUAAACAGCCAGUAGAAGCAACAUAACUGAGAGCGAGAGAACCGGUAUUCAGCCGUACAUAUGGGAAGCCUAAUGUACUGAAAGUGGGAUGAAACAGCGUGAUGUUACAGAGUUCGUGUCGCGCUGACCAUGCUACCGAACAAACAGUACGACGCGAACUAAUCUUACAAGCACAGGGCUAAUCAAUUAAAAUACUUCGAUAACAUAUGCACACAAAUACUUUUAAAAUGCUACGCACUAUAUUAUUUGCGCAGACAUAAACGUUUAGGUAGAUUCUGAGGUGCAUUACCUUUAAAAAUAGAAGUAAUCCAAAUGAAGACUCUUGUGUUCAGUCUUACAUCCAAACACAGAGCACAGGGAUUGCUUGCGAGACAUUGUUGACAUUACAGCUGCUCGAGAGUGGAUAAAAUGGAGGACAACGUAACCGCUGAGGGUGGAAACUAUAGCAAUGCAGGGCUGUCAAUCAACCCCCGUGGCCCGACCCUCCGAAAUGUGACGUCACACUGCGGUGCGAAUCAAAACGGCAGGCCUAGUGAGACUGACUUGGUUUAAAGGGGACUGAAAAUGAGGAGUGGAGUUGGCGCCAAUAGCCUCAAGGUUAGCUCAUGGCGACCCGAGUUCAAUUCCUGUCUCGAGGUCCAUUGCUGAUCCCGCCCCCCUCUCCUUCCACCCAAUGCUUUCCUGUCAGCUCUCUACUGUCCUGUCCCAAUAAAGGCAGAAAACCUCCAUAAAUAUAACUAAAAAAAUGAGGAGUGGGCAGAUUUUUAUCAUUGUGGGGUGGUUGUGUUCACACCCUGCCAACAAUCAUUUAUGUCCAAACACCAUGUAAAAGUGGAUUUUGCAUAAUAGGUGCCCUUAAUAGUUGCACUUUACACAACGCUGGCAUCAGAAACACUGACUGAAGAAGUGAUUUGAACUGUCUUCAUGAAAAUAGAGGCCAUCCUAAACUCCAAACCACUUGGGUAUGUUUCAGUGGAUAUUGCUGAUGUAUACAUGAUCACCCCAAAUUGCCUUCUGAAGGUGUGGCCAGAUGGUUCAAGUCAUGGACAUGGAGGCCUUUGCAAUCACAAGUAUUGUCUCACAGGUUGUGGUCAUUCUUUAUAAAGUACUACUUACCUGAAAUUCAGGCCAGGAGAAAUGGCAGAAUCCAUUAACAGACAUGCAACCUUGUUAUACUUGUUGACCCUCAGUUACCCCAUUCAUUCUGCCAGAUUGGGAGACUAGUAAAUGUAUCCGCCAGGGCUGAUGAUCGAGUAUGAUCGACCAAGGUGCAGAUAAAGGACUGAGUCUAUACGGGACCCAUUGCUAUUAUAUUGUUAUAUAUUGUAACUUUCAUUGAAUUCCAUAUCACUUUCACUAACUGACACUUUUUAAAUAGCAAAUUCAGCAUAUUAUUUAUAUAAAAUAAUAUUGAACAAUAAUAUUUAAAUUAACAACAACAGCCAUUACAAAACACAACAGGAAACAAACACAAUCAAACAAUUCAGUCAAACGUUCAAAAGCAGGGCUCUAGUACAGGAAUUAAAUUAAAUAAUGCCUAAAUAUAAAAUGAUCUUAUCAGUCCACAUCGAUUUGCUCUAGAGCAAGUUGUAAAGUAAUAGGACCAAAGAUGGCCCCUUUUCACUUACCCAAAACAAAUUACAGCUCAUGCUUAACCACUAUAAAAGCCAGUGGCAAAUUCCAGAAGGACUGGUUGAGAUGAAACUGUUCUCAUAUAUAUGACAAUGGGAUUAUUUAGCUGUUUAUCCUUAGAUUAGUCACAGGCAAGUCAUUGUUAAAUAUAAAAUUACGUAUGUCUCAAUCUCUCUGUGAUACUGAAUGAAAUGAAAAAAAUGAGGAACUUAACACAAUGAUAAUGAACUCAAUAACAAACAGUUGUGAUGACUAAAUAAAUAUUCUGGUAACUAAUAGGUGGCAGGAAACUAGAAUAAAGGAAACAGCAAACUGACGUUAAACAAACUACAAGUCCAUUAAAGUGAAACUAACUGAACAUGUCACAGCAGGUCCCCACCUCAUCUGCUGGUAAAUUUUUCACUGAGGUAGUAGUUGUUAUUAGAAGAAAAGGAAGUAGGUUUGUUUAUUGAACAUAAUAUUCUGGGAAAGAAUGACAACCCUGUAGGUGGCUUUGCCAAGCCCUAACUGUGGGUGGAUGUUCUGCCCCAGUUUUUAAGUACCCAUUCCUCUUUUUGAAGAAGGCAUUAUUGCACUUGGAUUGUAACAGCACACAAGUUUAUGGAAAUCAACUAAGCUUUGAAAAAGUUCAAGGUAUGUUCAAAAUGCAUCAUACUAUAUGACUGGAUAAUAAUAUAUAACCAAUGUUGUAUAAUUUAUACUUUUCAUACUUUUUCAUUAUGGUUCAUACUUAUGUUCUGUCAUUUAAUACUUUUACAGCAACACAUCUCAAUUAAAAGGAUUGUCGGACAACUAUUGUUUUCUCAAACCUCAAACUUUGCAAUUGAUGAGAAACACAAAAACACAUCAUACAGGUGUCUCACUACUCCUGCUGGAACCAAGAAGGGCAGAGGAAAACACAGGAAAAGUAAAAGGUUAAAACCUCUCCAUACUAAAGUUUAAAACAUGUCAACUCAAGACCGUGCUGUUUUGGAGGCAGUAUAUGAAUCAGGCGAGUCCACCCUGGAUAGGGCUACAGCAAAAGCAAACGAAACAUUUGACCAGUUUUUAAGUGUCUCACUUAACAUCGCGGUGACUGGAAAGACAGGAUCUGGGAAAUCCUCCUUUGUAAAUGUAAUUCGAAACCUAAGAGACUUUGAUGAAGGAGCCGCACCUACUGGUGUCACAGAAACUACAAUGGAGUGCACCAUGUAUGAGCAUCCUACAAUGCCAAAUGUGAAAAUCUGGGACCUGCCUGGAAUAGGAAGUCCAAAUUUCAAAGCAAAUAAAUACCUUAAAGAGAUUAAAUUUAAAACCUAUGAUUUUUUUAUAAUCCUCAACUCAGAGAGGUUCAUGCAGAAUGACAUCCUGCUGGCUAAAGAAAUAAGAAAACAGAAGAAAAUUUUUUACUUUGUUCGUUCCAAGAUUGACAUUGACAUUUCUUCAGAGCGAAGGAAAAAGAGAUUUAAUGAGCAGAAAGUCCUUGACACAAUAAGAAAGGACUGUCAAAAUAACUUGAAAGAAAUGGGAGACUCCAAAGUUUUCCUGAUAUCAUCUGUUGAUUUUGGGAAAUAUGAUUUUGAAAUGCUUCGAACCACACUCUUAGAAGAGCUUCCAGUCCAUAAGCAAUCUGCUCUUCUUCAAGCUUGGCCAGUGUGCUCUGCUGCAUGUCUUGAGAAGAAGAUCAAGUUAUUUAAAGGUCUGACCUGGGCUGCAUCUCUUGCUUCUGCUGGUGUAGCAGCAGCCCCUGUGCCUGGGUUAUCAGUAGUAUGCAAUGCAUCCAUUGUGUUGCUUUUCCUUUCAAGGUGCUAUUAUGCAUUUGGAUUGGAUGACAGAUCACUGAAAAGGCUUUCAAAAAAAGUGGCCAAGCCCUUGCAGGAAUAUCGGGCCAAAUCAAAGUUUGCUGAUGCCAUCCAAAAAAAAGCAAUAACCACAGUGCACGUCAGUGCUGCACUUCUGACACUUGCUGCCGCUGAAGAUGUGUUGAGUCUCAUUCCAGGUGUGGGCAGUGCUGUUGCUGCAGGAUUGUCCUUUGUUUCUACUCAGUAUUUCUUAAGAGAAGGAGUAAAUGAACUGGCAAUUACCGCUCAAGAAAUCAGAAGAGUUGCUGGGCUGGACACAAUCUACUAACUCCUAACUGGCCUGAAAAUGUGUCAUCAUCUUGAGAAUGUAGAUUGAUUCUAUAGUUUAUUAGAGCAAGUAUGCAUUUUCGGCCUUUGUCAUAGACUAAAUCAUACAAUGUUGUUUUUGUUAGAUUGUUCUUGUGAUGUUGAAUCUGGAAUAGAUAUUACUUAAUAGUUCUUUCAAUUUCUAUUAGAAAUUUAUAUUUCUAUUAUAGUUAUUCUAUUAUUUCUUAAUAAUUCCAAUAUGCAUGUAAACAGUAUGUAUAACUUUAAUUAGUUGAUAAUAACUCUAUAAUUUUUCCAUUGUUGUUUUUUGAUUCUUUUAGUUGAGUUAAAUUUCAUCGCUGAAAUCAGGCAAUUUUUUCAAGUCAAGUCAAGUCAUCAUUAUUCAUGUAGCUUAUUACAAUGCAAAUUGUGUCAAAGCAGCUUUACAGUAUUAAAUGGGGAAAUAGUGUGUCUUUCUCCUCUGGCCAGACAAAAUCAGCAGUUUAAAUCUAGGCUGCAGCAGAGAUUGCGCAGAAAACUCAUCUGGUUCCCGUGGUCUUGUCCCAGUGGCCGUCUGGGGGAUGAGGUCUUCGGAGGGGAUCAGUCUCUGGGGCACAUCUAGUUGUCCUGGUCUCCGCUGUAAAGGGUCCCCAUAUGGAAAAGUUUUGUUAAAAACACCUGUGAUUCUUAUAUGUUCCAACAGAAUAUCGUAAUAUUAUAUGCUUCAAAAACCACAUAUACACAAUGCAUAAUACUAAUGUAUUUUCAGUCAUAUAUGUUAUAUAUGUCCUGCAUAUGACUAAAGCCUUAUAGAUUUUCAUGAUGUAAAAACAUAGGGAAAGAAUGCUAAUUUAAUAUGAAUGUCCACCACAUCUCUUGAGUGAUUGAGUGUGAAAAUAGUGCAGUUCACCCAGUUCCCCCUCUUUGAACUGUUGCUGUCUGGUUGACAAAAUUGUCUAUUGUAAUAUUUACUUGUUCUAUUUUUAUUCUUUUAUUAUCUGUGUUUUGUUCUGUCGCUGUCAUUCUGUUGCACUGUGGAGCUUCUGUCACAAAAACAAAUUCUUUGUAUGUGUAAACAUACCUGGCAAUAAAGCUCGUUCUGAUUCUGAUUACCAAUCAGUAUAAGGCUGUACUUAAAUCAUGCCCUUGCUCUUAUCUUGUCCUAAGUGGAGCCCUA